AGUAGGUGGCGUUAUAUCUAGGUGGUUCAUCUCGAGCCAUGUACCAGCAAAUGCAGCAGCCAGUCCUCACUUCAAAAAUAUGAUUGAGGAGGUGCAGCGUGCCGGGCCUGGUGUGAAGCCUCCCACGCCAUAGGAGAUUCUUGGCGUCUACCUCGAUCGGGAGCACGAGGAGAUGCAGGCUUGGGUACGUGGACUCAAGCUGAACUGGAAGAAGAACGGGGUGACAAUCAUGUGUGAUGGGUGGACAAGACCCACGAAUUUGUCCAUUAUCAAUUUCAUGUUGUAUUGUAGAGGACAACCGGUUUUCCUCAAAUCCAUUGAUGCAUCGGGUAGAAUAAAAGAUCACGAAUACAUAUAUGCUCUCCUAAAAGGAGUGAUUAGAGAUGUUGGGUCCCAGAAUGUUGUCCAAGUUGUGACGGACAAUGGCAGUGCAUUCGUUAAGGCGGGGAAGAAAUUGAUGAAGAAGUUCAAUCUCUAUUGGACUCCAUGUGCGGCACACUGCAUUAAUUUAAUGCUCGAGGAGAUAGGGAUGAGGGAUUUUGUCAAGAAGACUAUCCAGGAUGCGAGGAGAGUGACAAAAUUUAUAUACAAUCACUCAUGGUUGUUGGUUGCAAUGCGUGAGUGUUGUGGAGGGGACAUCGUUAGACCAGGCGCGAUACAGUUCACCGUGAACUUCAUUGCACUCGAUAGCUUAUACAGGCACCGCGUGGGUCUGAGAAAUUUGUUCAGAUCUAAGAAAUACAUGGAGUGGAAUCAGAGGAAGACUGAGGGUGCAAAGACCCGUUCGAAGAUAGUGCUUUCCGAUUCCUUCUGGGAUAAAGUUCAUAACGUCGUUUCCUUCCUGCAUCUGAUGUACAAGGUCCUAUGAGCCGUAGAUAAUGAGAUGUGGCUUUCGAUGGGGUCAAUGUAUGAGCUUAUGAGAAUUAUGAGAGAGGGGAUAAUGACUGCAAUCCCUAGUUCGUAUCAGUGCGUGAUCAGUAUCAUUGAUUAUUGAUGGACUGGGACUCUCGAGCAUCCACUCUACCAAGCUGGUAAGUUUGUUAAUACAACUGAGUACUUUAAGCAUCACUUCUGUUUGCAUGUUAAUACAACUGAGUAACUAAUAUUUGGGUUUCAGCAUACUACCUGAAUCCCAAAUUUCAUUAUAAAUGUCGGCUCCAUGAGAAUCAAGAUUUGACGAUGGCCGUCCACGAGGCGUUCCAACGAUUGUUCCCAGAAUCGACAGCGCAAGCAGAUUUCGGUAACCAGUUGUUGCGGUUUAGGGAUGCGAGGGCUACGUUCUCAUCCGCACUAGCAAAAGCAUCGACUGAAACGAUGAUGCCGUGUGAGUAUGGUAACAUAAUUAGGUAAUUACAUUUUUUAUUUAAACUUCAAACUAAAACAAGCUCCUCAUGGAUAUAUAGGU